GUACAAAAACUUAGUACAGUGGAAAACACCGUAAGAAGGCCAAGAAAACCGACCAACCGCCAUAGCACCAGCCACUAAAGACAGAAUAUUACUAAUGUCUGAUUCUCCAUCGUUGUCGGUGUUAACCACACCUCGAAUAUCGCACAUCCACCGUCUUUUUUCUGUUACAAUAAUAAAAUCUUAAAUAAAGGAAUGGUGUGUAAAACGAGAUAUUCUGCCAUGCCAUCAGCUCUCAUAUUAUAUACUCCACCACAACACUACACUCGGAAGCACUUGAUCAAAAUAUGUCUUCCACCUCCACGACGCAGAAACGGCAAAACCCAGUGUCAAACGGCAAAGAAAUGGAAACUGUAAGCAGCGAGAGGGGCACCGAGGAAGACGAGUUAUUGGGAGAGUUGGAGAAGAAAGAAUCUUUGUCUGUGACGAGACAGUUGUGCAUAAAACCGACUCACAGCUCAGAGAAACUCGAUAAGGAAGUGGUUCUGCGGCGGAUUCGUCACCGGAAGCGGAUGAAUAAGAUCAGAUCUGCGGUGGGAGGGUUCCUGUUCUCCACCACCACAAGCGAUGCAGCUGCUCAGGGAAAGAAGUGGGUGGAUGAUGCUUUUGCUGCCCUGUAAAUUAAUCUUAAUCUUGUCUUAGUUUUCUGAGUACCAAAAUUUCUUAGUUCACAAUAGCUUAAUGUUCCAUGGUUCAGUUCUUGGUUAUUCUUUCUUUGGGGCUUGGUGUAUAUGUGUGUUUUUCUGGGAGAUUGUAGCAACCUUAAGCAGCUUUCUUAGAUUCUGCUACUACUGUUAGAAGGUCUUCAUUAUAAAUACCUUCGUGGAGCACUAAUGUCUAAUGGGCCUAGCCUUUUUACCCUCACCGGGAGAAUAUUUUUUAUGUACUCUCCUCUUGAUUGAAUGGCCUUUAAUUGAUGGUUCCAACUAUUUAUACUC